UCAUGUACACAUAUACAUAAAGUAAGUUUUAACUCACCUCGCAACACUUUAUCUUUGGGACUGAACUGGUAGUUUCCUUUAGAAGGAUGGCAGAACUUGACUUGGAAAACCGCGAUCCCAACAACAUCAACGACCAUCUGAAGGUCCAGUUUGAGGAUGUCUUGGCUGAGCCCGAAGGUGCCCACAGCAUCGACUGCUGCUGGAAGUUUACCAACACAUGUUUCAACUGCGCCUUCAAAUGCUGCUACAUGCUGAUGACCCUGUGUGGACCUCUGUACGGUCUCUACUACGGUUGGAGUUAUGCCAUGCUUGCCUGUGGUCAUAUUUGGCAAUACACACCCCAGAUUAAGGCUUGUGAGAUCAACUGCAUCAUGUAUAGAAAGGUGUAUACCAUCUGCCUCAACUGCUGCCUGACGCCAUUCUGCGAGUCCUGCGGUGCUUUCUUCAGUAGAAUUCAAGUCAAGCAAUAACACUUACAGAAUCGUGACCUCUCUUUGGCAACGGUUGCACAACAUACAUCAUUUACGUAAAAAUGAUGUGGGCAAACCUAAUACAUACUAUGUAUAUUGUCCAUACUCGAGAUGUGUAGGUACUGAAAUGCUCUAGCUCCCAGUACUACCUACUGCUACCCAGUACAUUUAAAUAGAAAUAUACCACAGUGACAUUACCUCAGUGUUUUCUGUUUUCUUAUCAAUGAUGGGACAUUUUUUUUCAUAUUUUCCUCCAGGAAAAAGACGACCCACUAUAAAGAUUUCGCGUUUCAAAUUGAAAAGAAAGAAUGAAUUACUACGUUUCUAUACAAUGAACUUGACCUGAGCAAACUGUGUGUCAAAGAUGACAUUAUUUUAUAGAGAAACUAACGCCAACUACCUGAUCAAUAAACAAUUCCCUUGUA